AAGGAAUCUGGAAAAAUGCUUUAUAUGCUUUUAAAACCUAAAUAUUUGAUUCCUUUUAUUUAAGAAAACUCUCUCUGUCUCAGAUUGAUCCUCUCUUUGGCCGCUUUGGAUCAAAGGAGAUGGUGGAGGUAGAGAGAACUCAGAAUCCAUGGGUAAGUGCAGAGCAAAUAUCAAGAGUCGAAAUCAACGGUCACGAUUUGUUCAUGUCGGAAUCCUUGGUGGUAGAUGGAGCGGAGCCUGGUUUCUCUGCUUCUCAGCCUCAACAAUCAAACAGUAAGACCGAUGGCAAUUUAGGGCUUGGGGAAAGAGCUCUCUCUGCUGCUGGUGCUGCCUUUUUAUCGGCUAUUAUUGUUAACCCUCUUGAUGUUGCCAAGACAAGGUUGCAAGCGCAGGCUGCAGGGGUUCCUUACUCCCACCCACUAAGUAACAUCACCAGUCGAAUGGCAUAUUUUGGCCCUAACAUGAUGUUUGCUGAUUUAAGGUGUUCACCAUCAUGCACCCGUGCUGGAAUUCAUGGAACAGUAUCAAUUUGCCCCCCUGAUUGUUUUCAGUACAAAGGAACUCUUGAUGUCUUCCACAAAAUCAUACGACAGGAAGGAAUUGCUAGGCUAUGGAGAGGCACAAAUGCUGCUCUGGCCUUGGCCGUACCAACGGUGGGAAUCUACCUACCAUGCUAUGAUGUGUUUCGUAAUUGGAUGGAGGAUUUUUCCUCCCAGAAUAUUCCUGGUGCAACACCAUAUGUGCCUUUAGUAGCAGGUUCAUUGGCACGUUCUUUAGCUUGCGCAACUUGUUACCCUGUUGAACUUGCAAGAACUCGCAUGCAGGCAUUUAAAGCAGCCCAAAUUGGUAAACCUCCCGGAGUUUGGAAAACUCUGUUGGAGGUCCUCUCCAAUGUCAGGAGCACAAAUAAUGUCCAAAACAACUUGGGAGGUUACCGCGUGCUAUGGACAGGCAUGGGGGCACAGCUUGCUCGUGAUGUUCCAUUCUCUGCAAUUUGUUGGUCAAUCCUUGAGCCAAUCAGGAGGAGACUAUUAAGUUUGGCUGGUGACGAAUCCAAUGUGGCAAGUGUUCUUGGAGGGAACUUUUCUGCUGGUUUUGUUGCAGGUAGUCUUGCUGCCGCUGCUACCUGUCCUCUAGAUGUUGCCAAAACGCGAAGACAGAUAGAGAAGGAUCAUGUAAGGGCAUUGAGGAUGACAACACGGCAAGUAUUGUUGGACAUUUGGAGGGAUGGAGGAGUGAAAGCACUGUUCACAGGUGUUGGUCCUCGAGUUGGUCGUGCAGGCCCAUCUGUUGGGAUUGUGGUUUCAUUUUAUGAAGUUGUGAAGUAUGUUCUGCAUCGUCAGUAUGCAACUUCCUAACAGAAGGGGCUUUCUUUGCUUUAUCCGUUCUUUUUGGGGUCUGUUGAAUCAAUUUUUGGUGACAAGUAUACGAGAAGAAUUAGCCACUGGAUAUCAUAUGAAUAAUGUGGCAAGCAAAGAAGAGAAUACAGUUCUGAUAGUGUUGGGUUCUGAUAGUGCACGAUGGAAGUCUGGGAUCUUUGUCCAGUUUUGUUUUCCAGGGAACUUCCAAUGUACAGCUCGGAAUGAUCCGGAAUUUUGUUAAUUUGGGAGAUUUCCCUAACAUAGGACUUCUGUGACUUCUGAUAGUUCACAAUUUUUUUUCCCUUAAUAGUUUUUUUUCUUAAUUUUUAAUUCACAUUAACAGAAGUUUUUGCAAGUGUUUUGGUGGCUCCAUUUUUGCAGUUAGGGUUAGGCUUGUUAUGGAUUUUGACGUACAAGGAUAGCCUUAAUCGGGAUUUUGUUCAGAAAUUCUUUUAUCUGACUGACUGCAAUUUUGUGUCA